AUUCCUGCACUGCAGCUGGCUAUGACACUAGAAGAAAUGUGGCUCCAACAGUUCUAAGACCCACUUGGAAACUUGCCAGAGAGAGACCAAGGAAGAGAGAGAGAGCAUGUCAGCAGCGCGAGCACGCCGCAGAGAACCAGAACGGGUCCUGUGAGGAGCAGAAAUGGGGGACAGACAGUCAGAGGUGUGUCGGGCCUACACCUUGUUCGAUGCCUUCGUGCAGGCCUCCACAUGCCGGGAGACCCUUAAAUCUUUCCAAGAGCUGUGUGAAGAGCUGAAGUUGCAUCCUGGUGGGCAGCCGCAAUUCUACCACACCCUGAGGAACAGACUGCACUACUGGAAGGCCAAAGCACUAUGGGCCAAACUGGACAAACGAGCCAGCCAAAAAGAGUACAUGAGAGGCCAUGCUUGCAUUAACACCACGUGUCUAAUUAUAGGCGCAGGUCCUUGUGGACUUCGAACUGCUAUAGAGUUGGGUUUCCUGGGUGCCAAGGUGGUUCUGGUGGAAAAGAGAGACGCUUUCUCACGGAACAAUGUUUUGCAUCUCUGGCCCUUCACCAUCCAGGACCUCCGUGGGCUGGGGGCUAAAAAGUUCUAUGGAAAGUUCUGUGCAGGAGCCAUAGACCACAUCAGUAUUCGUCAGUUGCAGCUGAUGCUAUUAAAGGUGGCCUUACUUUUGGGUGUUGAGGUUCAUGUGAAUGUGGAGUUCAAAAACCUGUUGGAACCUCCUGAAGACCAGGGAAAAACAAGUAUUGGCUGGAGAGUAGAGGUGCACCCCUCCUCUCAUCCAGUUAGACAGCUGGAGUUUGAUGUAGUCAUUGGAGCAGAUGGCAGGAGGAACACAUUACCAGGGUUUCGCAGGAAGGAGUUUCGGGGUAAACUGGCCAUUGCCAUCACAGCGAAUUUCAUCAAUCGUAACACCACCGCUGAGGCUAAAGUGGAAGAGAUCAGCGGUGUAGCCUUCAUCUUUAACCAAAGGUUCUUUCAAGACCUGCGACAAGCUACAGGAAUUGAUCUAGAGAAUAUAGUAUAUUAUAAAGACGACACUCACUACUUCGUCAUGACUGCUAAAAAACAAAGUCUUCUGGACAAAGGAGUCAUACUGCAUGAUUAUGCUGAUACAGAGAUGUUGCUGUCCAGGGGUAAUAUGGACCAGAAUGCAUUGCUCUCGUAUGCCCGUGAAGCAGCUGAUUUCUCCACCAACCAUCAGCUCCCUAUACUUGACUUUGCCAUCAACCACUACGGCCAACCAGAUGUGGCCAUGUUUGACUUCACCUGUAUGUACGCAUCUGAGAAUGCAGCAAUGGUGCGCCAGCGCAGGGGACGUCCUCUGCUGGUCACUUUGGUGGGUGACAGUUUACUAGAGCCAUUCUGGCCUAUGGGGACAGGAAUUGCACGGGGAUUUCUGGCAGCUAUGGAUACUGCAUGGAUGGUUCGCAGCUGGGGUCAGGGCAAGACCCCUUUAGAGGUUGUAGCUGAGAGAGAGAGUGUGUAUCGGUUGCUUCCUCAGACAACACCAGAGAAUGUCAGUAAGAACUACAGCAGGUACAGUCUGGAUCCAGCUAGUCGUUAUCCGAACAUCAAAAUGCAACUCAUCAAUGCUGCUCAGGUGUGCCAUCUCAUAGACACAGGUGAGGGUCCAGUUUUGGGAGUUGAUACAGUCAAUUCUCCACACCCAAGACUUACACGACAAGAAUCAACAGCUCGUUACGGUAAGCUAUUGAGCUGGUGUCAGGAACAGACACAGGGUUACAUGAAUGUGUGUGUGACAGACUUCACAACUUCCUGGACGAGUGGCCUGGCCCUGUGCGCUCUCAUUCACAGAUACAGACCUGACCUCAUUGAUUUUGCCUCUCUGGAGGAGCAUGAGGCUAAACUCAAUGGACAGAUGGGUUUGGAUGUGGCAGAGCAGGAAUUUGGUAUUUGUCCUAUAAUGACCGGCAAGGAGAUGAGCACAUUGGAAGAAAGUGACUCUCUUUGCAUGGUCAUGUACCUCAGUCAACUUCAUGAGCUCCUCAAAGACACAGCACCACCCAGUGAAAGCCUGAGCUCUGAUGAGAGAUCUGUUCUGUUCUCCAGCACCAGGUCACCCAUCUCUCUGCUCAGUAAACUGGGACAGAGUCUUUCACGCAAGCGCAAUCCUAAGGAUAAGAAAGAGAAAGAUGCAGACAGUGUUGGAAAGAGGAGGAGAACAAGUCAAGCUGGCCAAUCAGAGGAUGUGAUCAUGAUAAAAGAUGAUCAGACUGCUGCAGGAACCCCAGAGUCAGAACCAAAGAUAGGUGCGGAUGGUCACAGCAAGGUCCGGUCCAUGGCAACGCUACUGCUGGCUAAAUUUGAGGAAAAUGCCCCAUCGGCUUCAGCCAUUGCAGUACGCAGACAGAGCUACAUUCAGAUGUAUACGGGCGGUGUGAGCUCAUUGGCUCAGCAGAUAGCCAGUCAGAUUCAGAGUCAGCAGGACCAAGCUCCCAAGCUCCUUCACAGGAGGGAGUUGGGCUCUCAAAAGAAAGACUUUCCUGUGAGCAUGGGUGGCAGCGAUGUGUGUUAUUUUUGCGCUCAGCGUGUGUAUGUCAUGGAGAGGUUGAGCGCGGAGGGAAAGUUCUUCCACAGGAGCUGCUUCCAGUGUGACCACUGCAGUUCCACAUUACGCCUCUCCAACUACGCUUACGACCAGCUACAUGGGAAGUUUUACUGUAAGCACCACUACGGUUUCAGACUGGCCGGAGUGAUUCACAGAAAGAGACCGGCCCCUCCGGUGGCCCCUCGGCCUACUCAGGCUGUUCCUGCCCCAUCCUUGGCUUCUACAUCUCUGUCCUCUCCUGGCUCAGUGGACACGGCCACACUACCAGACUGCUGGUCCUCCACCACUCACCCAGACAUGACAUCCAGUCUGGCUAAGCGACUGUGUGGUACUCCAGAGCGCAUAGAGCUGGAGAACUACAAACCCUGUCCACCGCAACAGAACAGCCCUUUACUGGAGGUCCCAGAGGAGACGUUGGCACAGCACAACCUCAGUGCAAGCCUGCAAGAGAAGAACCCAGAGGAGCAGUCCAGUAGCUCCGAGUCAGAGCUGGAUGAGGAGGAGCUUGCCUGGAAGAGGGAGGAGGUGCCACAUGCCAGGACCAAUGGAGAAAGAGAUGUAGAUCUGGGGGAACGGCAAAAGGAGGAAGAGGGAGGUGCGGAUCUGAUAAGACAAGGGGAGAAGGAGGAAGAGGAGGAGAAAGAAGAAGACGAACAGGACGUUUCUGAAGAAAAAGAAGAAGAAGAAGAGGGGGAGGAGGAGGACGAAGGAAAUUCUAGUGAUGAGGGUGAGUACUGCCCUUGGGAGAGGGAACGGCUUUCAGGGGUGUGGCUUGAGGAAGAGGCGGGGUUUACGAAAGAGUCCUGUGAAGGGUACAGCAGUGACCCGGAUGUAGAAGCCAGCUCGGACAGAGAAUCCAAACCAUGUGAUCUACAGCAACAAGACACAGCUUCAGUCUUUUUGACUAAUGUUCAGUGUCACCAGUCACCCACUUCGCCAGAGUCCUCACCUACCCAGAAACUCACUAUAUUUAAUUAUAUUUCCACACCUGAACUGGUGAUUGGCCCAGAAAAAUCAACCACCAAGAGGUCAGAGGUCAUUGAGGAGUUCUGGCUAAAGAGUGCAGAGAUAAGGAGGAGUUUAGGACUAACCCCACUGUCUAGAGAUUGCCACCCCGAAUUUAUGGCAGAUUCGACAGAUAAUGAAAAAUCCAUUAAUAAAGAAAGCUUUUACACCUCGGUCACAUACAUACCAUCCUACAAUACUUCCGGCUCAGAUUCAGCCUAUCAUACACCAAGAAACAGUGUUUCAAGCAAGCAAACUCCCUCUCAGACAGAUGUUCAUAGCACGCACACACACUCACCGUCUUCUGUACCAUCUGACACUCUUGAAGGCGAGGCAGGUGUUGCUUUAGAGGAGGCCAUAGGGCGAUGUUCUGUAAUCCACAGACUCAGCAUCACUGUUGAAGGUUGUGUGAUGGCUGACAAGCGAGGUUUGGACCCUAAUCCCACCUCUUUUGAAACAGGAGCCAAUCAAAGAGACUCAAUUCCCGAUGCAGGCAUUUUGACCCCUCCCUACAGCCCACUUCAGUCCCCUCUUGUUGCACGACAGUCCUGCGCCCUUCAACAUUCUGAACCGGUUCUGGAGCGAGACGUUCUGGUCUGCUCAUCUUUAUACCCACAACGGGACAGUUUUAAACUCAACCAAGCUCAGAGUCUUCCUUCAGAUGAGAUAGAGGUACUAUGUGGGGGUGACCCCGAAGAGGAUCACCCUUGCCCUGCUACGCCAACCAGACUGCCGGAAAGAUCAAACAUCAUGGAGACUGGAAAUGUUGUUGGAGUCAAGCAUGCUGAGAUGGGUAAGCCUAGACUGGAACACAGGAGAACACUUUCAGACCAGGUGGUCACCCCAUUGCUGGCGGGGGGGCCAGAGGUCAGACUUCGGAGGUCAGAAAUGAAGCUAUGGGGGGCAGAGGGGGGAAUAGAGGAGAAGGACAAAAAAAGCAAAUCGUUGUUCUCACCCCGUAAAAGCAGGAAGAGCAUGAAUGGAGCUGCUGAGACCAAGCGGGAGCCAGGAAAGCACAAGUCCCUUUGGAAGGCUGUUUUUUCUGUGUAUAAGAAGGACAAGAAGCGGAAGGAGGCAGCGAUGAUGGCUGACACUCUACCUGCCAAUGCUAACCCUGAGAGCAAACGGAAAAUGCCGGGUAUCAACAGAACAACAGACCUGUGUUUCAGGAAGAAUCCCAGUUUAUCUGAUGAAACAGACUUGUCCUGCAGUGCUGUUUUAGAAAGAUGUCCUCUCAGAUCUCAGAAAGCAGGAACAGAGGAAGAACUCAAUGCCAAGCUGACCCGCCGAGUGCAGAGAGCAGCACGCAGACAGGCCAAGCAAGAAGAGCUGCGGAGAUUGCAUAGAGCACAGAUGAUUCAGCGUCAGUUGGAGCAGGUGGAAGUGAAGCAGAGGCAGCUGGAGGAGAGGGGCGUGGCCGUCGAGAAAGCUCUGAGAGGGGAAGCAGAGCCCUUUCCUGGUUCUCUUUGUAGAAGACCUGUCUAUCUCUGUCCUUGCUGUUCUUCAGAAGCCAAAGCUAAAGGGACAGAACACGAUCACUCCAUAUAUGUCUGUACAGUCUUUUUCCUUUAUGUAGUGCAAGAACCUCCACUUCAACAGCUAAGAAUGGGAAAGAAAGAUGACCCUAGCCUGAUGCAUCAGUGGUUUAAGCUGGUACAGGAAAAGAAUGCCCUUGUGCGCUAUGAAUCUGAGCUUAUGAUAUUUGCACGUGAGUUGGAACUGGAGGACAGACAAAGUCGUCUGCAACAGGAGCUGAGAGAGCGCAUGGCAGUAGACGACCAUCUUAAGGAAGAGGAGGAGUUGGCAGAGGAGAGGCGUAUUUUGAGCGAGAUGCUGGAUGUGGUAGAGCAGAGGGAUGCGCUGGUAGCCCUGCUGGAAGAGCAGAGAGUGAGUGAGAGAGAGGAAGACAGUGACCUGGAGGCAGUGAUGCUUUCUAAGGGCUUCAGCCUACACUGGGACUGACUCGCACAUGCAUGGAUUUCAUCAAACAGCUUUAAGGGCCACUCUGUGUCUGUAUCUGCUACACAAAUAUGCAGAUACUCUGUAUUCAUUGGUCCAAACAAGCCCUUCCACCUGCACUCUGGGCCAUACAUGCAAUGGCACAUAUAUGCUUUGGUGUCCUAAUAAUAUACACAAGGACUCUGCAAGAGAUUCCUACAAAAUAAAGCUCCAGGUGGGGAUAAGUGUAGAUGUCUUGCUGCCAAAUAAUGCGCCUUUAAAACCGCUACGCUACUAUGCAAAAAAAGCACAUUUAAAUGUCUACUUUUUGUUGUAUUGUGUGGAUAAAGGAAAAGUACAGCUUUAAUUUGACCAAUCCAUUUCUUUUACACUAAUGAUGGUGAGGAAUAUGAAAUGGCAUAUACAGCCAUACUGUUAAUGUACAGUCAUUUCCAUCAGAUUGAUGCAUGUAAAUUUAGAUGCACACAAUAAGGCCUGUCAAAAAAUAAAUAAAUGCUUUAUGUUGUUUAACAUGCACAAUCUAACCCCCACAUUAUCAUUUUGUAUUUAUUGGCUGAAAUAAGCUUAAAAAUCAUCUUGGUUUGCUCAGAAUAAAUAAAACCAACUUGCUAGGUGUAUUUUA